ACGUAGGCGAUCGCGAUUGGUCAGGGCGUCAGUCCGUGUGGCCCGUGACGUUGCGAGAGUGGGGCAGAAUCGGAGCUUCAUUUACUUGAGCGUCCCAACAUAAAGCCACCAGUCGAGCUUGCUUCGUUCAGUGUGUUCUAAUCGAGAAUAUCUAAGAAACUCCAACAUGGUUGACGCCGCUGUCUUGGAAAAAUUGGAAUCCGGCUUCAAGAAGCUCCAGGAGUCCGACUCUAAGUCCCUCUUGAAAAAAUACUUGACCAAGGAAAUCUUCGACAACCUAAAAACCAAGAAGACUUCCUUCGGCUCCACCCUUCUUGAUGUAAUCCAAUCUGGAUUGGAGAACCACGACUCUGGCGUCGGUAUCUACGCCCCCGAUGCUGAAGCUUACACCGUCUUCGCCGACUUGUUCGACCCCAUCAUCGAAGACUACCACGGUGGCUUCAAGAAGACUGACAAACAUCCACCAAAGAACUGGGGUGAUGUGAGCGUGUUCGGCAACGUCGACCCAACUGGAGAAUACGUCGUCUCCACCCGUGUCCGUUGCGGCCGCUCCUUGGAGGGUUACCCAUUCAACCCAUGCUUGACCGAGGAACAAUACAAGGAGAUGGAACAGAAAGUUUCGUCCACCUUGUCCGGACUUGAGGGCGAGCUCAAGGGUACUUUCUACCCAUUGACCGGCAUGAGCAAGGAAGUCCAGCAGAAAUUGAUCGACGACCACUUCUUGUUCAAGGAGGGCGAUCGUUUCUUGCAGGCCGCCAACGCUUGCCGCUUCUGGCCCACCGGACGUGGUAUCUACCACAACGAGAACAAAACCUUCUUGGUCUGGUGCAACGAGGAAGAUCAUCUCCGCAUCAUCUCCAUGCAAAUGGGUGGCGAUCUUGGCGCCGUAUACCGCCGUUUGGUAACCGCCGUCAACGACAUUGAAAAACGUAUUCCAUUCUCACACAACGACAGACUUGGUUUCUUGACCUUCUGCCCAACCAACUUGGGUACCACUGUCCGUGCUUCGGUCCACAUCAAGGUGCCAAAAUUGGCCGCCAACAAGGCUAAGCUCGACGAAAUCGCCGCCAAAUUCAACUUGCAAGUCCGUGGCACCCGCGGUGAACACACUGAAGCUGAAGGUGGCAUCUACGACAUUUCCAACAAGAGACGUAUGGGUCUUACUGAGUUUGAUGCCGUCAAGGAAAUGUACGAUGGCAUUUCUGAGCUCAUCAAAAUCGAAAAAGAAUUGUAAACCCCAUACAUUCUGAUCAUACGUGAUUAAUUAUUAUAAGCAAUGAAAUUACGUUCAUUUUUUUUUCAGUAAUCUUGUUUGCCAAAGUUCCAGAGUCUUGCGUAGUUAAGGCUAUCUGGGCACAUAAGUUAGUGUAAUCAGCUUCUAGUCGACACUGUUUAAAAAACAAUCAUAUUCUUUAUAAAUAAUGUCAAACAUUGGAUUACACUAUUUAUUACCAUUAUUAUAAUUUUAUUAUUAUUUAUAUCAUAAUUUUAAUGUAAAAAUAUAAGUAUUAUUUAAUUAUACCGCAAAUUUAUUAUUAAACAUUUAAUAAAAGACGUCCAAUGUA